CGUCACUUCCCUUCAACGUUGAAACCACAUGUAUAUUGCCGCAGCACCCGAACCUACGAGCCGUUGAUAACCUCCGGCUUCACACAUUCGCUGCAUCGCAAGCCAUAGAAGGAACGGGGUACUCCAGCCGUCAACAAUGUCCGCGGCGACGACACCGAGGGCGCUCACCCGCGCCCUCGCCACCCAGCCAGCAGCCAGAUGCCACCACCACGUCCGAGCUGCGCCGAGAUGGGCUCGGCAACUCAGCACCACGUCCGGAAGAGCCAUGCCCGCCGUCCUGAGCGCGAGCGGCCUGCGACCGACGACGCUGGCGUCUCUGAAACACCAACAGCGAAACCUCGCGCCCAGCCUGGGUGCCGGCGGCGCGCGCACCAUCUUCAUCCAGACCGAGAACACGCCCAACGCAGACGCCCUCAAGUUCCUCCCGAAUCACCGCGUCGUCCCCGCCGAGCUCAACACGCCGUUCAUCGAGUACCUCAACCCGCGAGCGACCAUCUCGCCGCCGCAUCCGUCCCCGUUGGCCGCCAAGCUCAUGAACAUUGAUGGCGUCACCUCUGUCUUCUAUGGUGCCGACUUCAUUACCGUCACCAAGGCGAGCGAUGCCAACUGGGCGCACAUUCGGCCCGAGGUCUUCGCCCUCAUCACGGAGGCCAUCACCUCGGGCGAGACCAUCGUCAACGUCGCCGAGCGACGGGAAGGCGACCAGGCUGCCGAGGAGGACAGCCUGGCCUACAAUGAGGACGACGAUGAGGUCGUCGGCAUGAUCAAGGAGCUUCUCGAGACUCGCAUCCGGCCUGCCAUUCAGGAAGACGGAGGCGACAUUGAGUUUCGUGGGUUCGAAGACGGCUACGUCAAUCUGAAGCUGCGCGGAGCCUGCCGGACAUGCGACUCAAGUACUGUCACGCUGAAAAAUGGCAUAGAGGGCAUGUUGAUGCACUAUGUAAGACAUUGGUCUUCGGACCCCCCCUGUGUGCUUUUCCGUUACUGACAACCUACUGUACAGAUAGAAGAGGUCAAAGGGGUGCAUCAAAUUCUCGACCAGGAGGAGGAGAUUGCCAUGCAAGAGUUUGCUAAAUUCGAGGAGAAGCUGAAGCAGCAAAAGUCUGCACAGCCGUCGUCUGCAUAGAGUCGGGCGUGACAUGCACAAAGCCACAAAGUGAACAAUCCUGUAUACUAUAACGAUAAGAACCGCUUCAGAAUGUGGAGAAUGGAUGAUACCCCGGAGCCGAGACAUAUCUCUGUGGCAAUACGUGACGUCGUUGGCGAGCCUCGCGCGUCAUGCCCUACGUAGCCUAUGUGAGCGGCCCAACAGCGUCCAGUCCGUGCCGCGAACCGCGGUGGCAUUCGAAUGUGAGCCUGGUUUCUAC